CUGUUUCGUCGGUCUCCUUCCUUUUAACUCCACAGCCGCGAAGCCACCCUCCUUACAAAAAAAAAAAAAAAUGGGGAAGAAAUCAAAAACCUCAAGAAAAGGUAAAAAAGCAUGGAGAGCUAACAUAAGCACAGAAGACAUCCAUGAUUUCUUUGAGAAAUCCACUAAAGAUGCUCUCUCUGGUGGUUCUCUUACUUCAGCUCCUACUGAAUCCCUCUUCUUCAUCGACAAAUCUCAAGAUCUUUCUGUGAAAAAAAAGAUUGAGAAGAAAAGAGAAAAGGUAUUGCGUGUGGAUAGUAUGUUGAAGAAGAACCCUUUUGUUGAAGCUGUACCAUCUUCGAAGCAAAAGAGUUCUAAGAAGAAAAAGAAGGAAGCUUUGAAUGCUAAAGAUGUAGUUCAAGAUGUUCCCAAGGAUGAAACCGUCCCUGACUCUGGCAUGGUUCCUAUAUGGGGAGAUGGAGGUCAACAUAGUGGCAAAGCUAGACAGGUAUCUAAACAAUCGAUUAUUCCAGCAGUCGAAGUUGAGCCUCCAGGAUGUUCAUACAAUCCCACAUUUGAUAGUCAUCAGGAUUCGUUGGCUCAAGCAGUUGCUGAAGAAAUGCAAAAGGCCUACAAGAUCGAGUUGGGACCUCAGCCAGUUCCAUUAACUGUUAUGGGAGAAGUGGUUGAUGAAGAUGAUAAAUACUUUAUUGAAGCAGAUGAUGAAAAUGAUGACGAAAUGGACGAGGAGAAUUUGAGUGAGGAUGAUAAAGCAACUGAGAAAAGGCCGCUUAAAACAAAGAGGGUGACUCGAGUCGAGUUAAAUAAGAGAGCUAGAAGGAAAGAACAGCAAAAAAAGGAAGCUGAAGCUAAAAAGGCAGAGGAGUUUUCCAAAGACAUUGACAACUUGCCAGAUAUUUUACAAGAAAUAGCCAAAGAGGAUGAGGAGAAGCAAAAGAGGCAUCUUCGAAAGGCCAUAGCUAAGCAAGAAAGACUUAAGGCUUGUCCACCACGGUUGGGGAAAUACAAAUUCCAGGCUGCUCCCCCACAAGUCCUCUUAUCUGAAGAACUUACUGGAUCUCUCCGUAAGCUAAAGGGUUGUGCUACACUUGCAAGAGAUAGAUUUAAAAGCUUAGAGAAAAGAGGCCUAAUUCCCCCAUCAGCCAGGAGUGGAAGGAAAUAGAGAGAAUUUGUUUCCAAGGAUAUCGACUGUUCAAGUUUUUUGAUGAGGCAAAUGAGAAGGCUUUUCACCAGAUGCCAUUAAUGGGAGACCAAGCUGGAUCCAUCUUCAAUCUUUAAAUGCUUUCAUUUCGUUUUUGUGAUAGUUAAAUUCACAUAUAGUUGCUUUCCCUUCCUUUUUAUGACCAAACCUAGGUCUUAAGUGAUGUAACAAAAACCUGGAAAAGAUAAUUUAAUGCUGUUUUUUUGAAGGCAAA